AUGCGCCUCUUCACAUCCCUGGCCUUGACUAUCCUGACCUGCGAGGCUCUCCCCAUCGGGCCAGACAGCCGACGCGUCGACGCCGUCCGCCCAGAGUUCAGAUGCGAGGCCGGGGACGUAUGCUUCGACGACUUGCCGAUCCUCUACAUCAUCGAGGACCCUGAAGCCCGAUCCCACCUCCAUCACUCCCGUGCCCGUGCCGACAUCGAGCCCCUGCCCCGAUCCCGAGCUGCUGCCGCUGCCGCUGCCGCCGCCGCCGCCGAUACCGACCACUCCGACGAUUCUGCCCCAUCGCGCCUACGCCGACUGAGUCGGAUGGGCCUAGGCCUGAGCCCGAGGUGA